AUGUUCCUUAACAUAAGCGCACGAUCCCGUGCGGGGCUGUACAAGCUGCCUUCAGCGGGCAAGUGCUACUGCAGAGACCCGGACAAGCAGGUCGGAUCUGUUGGCCGAAUCGUCAAGAGCUGCGGUCGCCACAAAACCGCGGAUCGAACGCCAUGCGCGCCACCAACAACAGAGCGUCUAACAACUGGCUCAAGCACUUCAGCAGACUAUCGAUCUAUGCUGCUUGAGUUGCGUCUGGUCAACGCUACGCAAAGAACUCAACUGGACCUUCGUGCAGACUCUCCAAUGCGAGACGAUAUCGGCAUUCUAAACAGCACGCCGGUGCCAGAACCACGAGCUAGCGUCAUGACCAUAUCUGCGCAGGACUCUGCACUCAAGGGCUUCACUGCAGUCAAUACUGGCGAGACAUACGCAGCUGCGUUAUUCCAAUACGAUGGGUUUGGACCUAGGCCGAAUGCAGUACUGCCAGUGGAACACAGAAGCGAUGUAAACGGGGAAGCUGCUGUAACCUUAGUCAUUGCAUGUCUUGCUGACAGCUGGAGACCUACGGACCCGACUGACAGAACAUAUCAGGAACCUGGAACAGACACGCUCACCAAUGAGCGCAAGCGCGUUGACUAUCCUGCUGAUAAAUGCUCAAUUGAUGAGCAUGUACACCAGGUUCACGGCCACUCAUCAGGGUCUCCCGCGCGCCGCACAAGCGGUGGGCCGGAUGUGGAGCGUGAUGGCUCUUAUUCGCAACGUGAGGCUCACGACGAGCUUGCGGAGUCCAGCGGCGACCUAUACGAGCGAACACUUCCCCUUACAGAACAGGGGCACAGCAAGGCCCAGCCUGCACCAAAGCCCGAGGUUGAAGCUGCGGUGAGAGCUCAAGUGCAGCGAUUCACCGCGCAAUCACAAGUACGGCGAAGAGGCGGCUCUUCGCCUUCACCUCAAGACAAUGAGGUACGACGGAGUACGUUCUCUCAUGCUUCCGCAUAUCUCUCGAGAUCGGUCGACACAAGUAUGCGAAAACGCACCUUCAGUACCCGCACCAGGACUGGAUGCCAUACCUGUCGCACAAGGAAGAAGAAGUGCGAUGAGGGCAAGCCUCAUUGCCAGAACUGCAUACGAGGCUCUUUUCGCUGCGGUGGAUAUGGGCCGAAACCGCCUGGUGGACCGAGGCCAGUCACGAAAAGGACGGCAGUGCCAUUGCAGGCCAGUCAUAAUGAACCUGAUACGCCUGUCGAUGGACAAAGAUAUGGUUUCGAACGUAGCCCCUACCAAGGCGGUAACAAUCAGCUUGGGCGGACUCUGAGUGAAUAUUACGCUCCGUCUCCAUCAAGGUUACACGACCCUCACCCGCAUCGAAGUACGGCACCUCAAGUUCCUGCGGACAAUUGUCUGCUACCGAGACCCGAGAGCUGGCACCAUCAGCCACACCCUCCUUACGAUGACCGGCGAAAAUCACUACCGGCGUCACAAUACCAUCCGCCAGAGGUGGCGCUUCCUGCUCCGCCUCCUUACAUUCAUCCUGCAAAUCUUCUGCCGCCUCCUCCAUUACGACCACGACGGAACUAUCCUGCACCUCCUGGCGAGCUGUCCCAUGUGCCCCCACCACAGAUGUACCGUCCUGUCACUGCAACAGCUUACAUUGUGAUCAGUCCUCGCGAGGGCGUGGUAUCUUCUGGCCGCGGAUUGCACCAAACAGGACUACCGGCAGAUCUACAGAAUCUCGGCAUGCCUGUCACUGCGAGGUCGAGAAUGCUGCGAGGAGAGCGAUACCUACAUUUCCAGGACACAGCUCUGCGAGACGAAAGAAUGUCUUGUAGGAAAGCCGUGGAGGCGUACAAUGACUCCUGUAGAGCUGUCAAUGCAUCGUCCUCUCUCGAUCGAGAGCGCAAUUUUGUCCCCGUCUAUGAGCCAAGAGCGCGUGCGUGGGAGCCUGGGAAAGCCUGGGAUGGUCCGAGAGACAGUGUCGGCUCACAAUCUGUCGUUGAGACGCCGUUCAACUGCGAGUUUGGCUACAACAUAAACCUUGGCAAGGAUGUCCUCAUCCAACAAAACUGCACAUUACAGGAUGCAAGCAUAAUUUACAUUGGUGAUCGUUCGAUCAUUGGGCCUAAUGUCAAGUUCUAUUGCAUCACCACAAGCGUGGACGCUCAGCAGAGACGAGGUAGUCGAGGCAAUUUCCAGGCCGGACCGAUCAGGGUCGAAGAGGAUGUAGUCAUUCAUGCCGACUGCACUAUCUUGCCGUUCAGGACAAUUGGGAAGGGCGCGGUGAUCGGGGCCGGGUCUGUGGUGACACGAGAGAAAGAUCGAGUCUGGUCCGAAGCCGAUAGGCAUAGUGACGAGGUUGAGAACCAAAAUCAAGAAAUGUUGCGCAAGCUGCAGAAUGGUGAAGUCAUACCCAAGGAUGACUGA